CCUAUACGCUAGCGAUCUCCUCCCAGAACACGUGUUGCUCGCGGAUAAGUAAUUCGAACAGAUGCGGUUGAUGCGCAGGAGUGAUUAGGAAAUUGGCACGCAUGGACAGCAGAGGAAGGAAGGAGCGUGAUGCCUGUGUGCCAUUUUGUGCGAGUGAAAACCCUAUUUUUAAACACCAACGGGCGUGCGUUUGGCUUCCAGCAGUUUAAGGCAGGAACCGACCAAGGAGCACCGUGCGUACCGUUGGGAUCGCGUGUCACCGGAGGAAUCUAGAACAAUUCCGAUAAAGGUCGCUACCUGCCAACGGUGUCGGUUUAAAGUUUGAUUCAUUAUCUGUCUGACUUUCGAUUUCUAGUUCUGUCCCCUGCUUCCUGUGCGUGGGGCAAUCGGAAUCGAUUAUCGGUUCAAUUAUCGGUCCCACCGAUUGUCUCUCAUGAUUGCCCAUAAUCUGUGCGACAAAUACGCCCAUCGACCUCUCGUUUAUCGGCGUUCGUAACUCUUGUAGGAAUAGCCCACAGAUUGCCCACGGGGCCUUUGCUACGGGUAGCCGCGUGUGCGUGUGCCAAUCCUUCAAGGCUAUUCUCGGUCCCGACCGAAUAUGCGGGCGUGUUAGAGAUUCGCGCCUCAGUUUUGUCCGUGUCUACAUGUCCAUCCUAUCCCUGGUUGUCUGUGGUUUCGUGUAAAUGGCGAGUUGUAGAUGCAGGAACGUGUUCACCAAAAAUAGCGACCAAUACGUUUAAUCGCUGGAUGCGCGACGCCCACACGAUUCGCUUGAUCGUUAAAUCGUCCCCAAGAUAUCAAGAAAGGGUGGCGAUAUUCAUUCGCUUCGGCUUAUCUGCGUCUCUUUGUCUCGGACCAACGGCAACGACGAUAGAGCGUGUAGAGUGGUCCACAGUCAAACGUUGUCCGGUCUCAAAACGCACGUGCCACGAUGCAGCAACUGCGAGCAGCAGCUCUAGCUGUUUUUCGAUUGUCCAUCACAGUGUUUCUACUCUCCCUGGCCACCGUUGUACAAUGCGACCUGAAAGUGUUUCCUUCAGAGCAACUAUCGAUCAUGGAGGGGGCCGGAUUUCUGGCUUAUCUCGAUGCUCCCCUGAGUACACGUUGGAUACACUGUUCGGUGCAGAUCAACGGCCAAUCCUACAGUCUGGACAGUGAUCAGGUACACACGGUCGGUGGCAAAACGACGGUCGAACGGUUCGAUACGAGUCGGUGCGGUUUACGGGUCAUGAGCCUUCAGAAAUCCCUUGAAUCCAGCUGGCUACUGUACGGUACGGAUGAGGCCGGUCUCGAUGGGAACGCUACACUGAAGCUCACCGUCUUGUCCAUCCAGUUUGUGGAUCAGCUUAAUAUUACCGCCACGGGCACGUCGCCCUCGGUUACGGUGCGGUGUCCAGAUGGUGGUAAUCCCCGCCACUGCCGUAUUAUCGACUCGGAGCAGAACGUGUACGAGGUGUGCUCCAAGUAUGUGGAGAUCAACGAGAAACACAGUACCUUCUGGUGCCACUCGCUAUUUUGGGGCGAUAUGACGGAGCGGAUCACGAAGAUCAACGUGCACGUGCAAGAGGAUGAUAGUGAUGUGAAGGCGACGAUCGAGGAAACGGAUACGCACGUGGUGCUGAGCUGCCAUUACCGGCGAUCGGUUAGCUUGUGCCGGGCUCACUCCGAAACCGAUAACCGCCAGAUGAUGCUAAUGGAUGGUACGCUGGCCGAUCGAUACUCGUCUUACGACACUAAGAUUAAUGCUGGUAUAUGCUCGCUAGAGAUCAAAAAACCACUCAUCCCGGGUGAUAUCGGUCUGUGGCGUAUUUAUCAGCAUAUCUCCCCGAACGAUCACACCGGCUGUGUGUUCGAUCUAGGAAAAAAACUUGCGGCAAAUCAGGCGGUCAGAUCGGGCUCGGCAUUCAUUCACACCCGGACGGAUACCGGAAGCAACCGGCAUCAGGAACAGCUACAGCAGAUAAAUCCCACCCGAAUCGAGAUAUUCCAUGAUCCACGUUCCUCGACCACAACACAAACCCAGUUGACCUGUGAGGUGCCGUACGCCCUUCAGUAUUGCUAUCUUUCGGGUCCAACCACCGGUGAUUAUGCGCCGCAGCGAUUCGAUUACCUGAAAUCCCUCGGUCAGUGUCGGUUCGAUGUGGCCAACAUUACGGCCGGUACGUGGGCUUGCGGUAUCAACGAUGAGCAUGGUGCCGAGGAUCAUCUAACGUACUACGAUGUACGGGUUUACGAGCAACCGGCUCGGGUCGUGACCGGUGGCACCGUAACGGCAAGCAUCGGUGAUCGUAAGGAGCGCCUGCUCUGUAAGACGAUCCUUGAUCUACCGAUCGAUUUGUGCCGUUUUCUGGAUCCUGCCGGUGAGGUGCACGGUCUGUCGGAUAUGAUGAAACCAUCGAGCGAGUCCCGGUUCCGGUAUCAUGGGGCGGGCUUGCGCGAGGGUGAAUGUGGCCUCGAGAUUGCCGAGCUGGAGGAGAAGGACUUUGGCCGCUGGAAGUGUCUGCUGAAGGUGCGCAACCGGGAGUACGAAAUUCCGAUGGACGUCGUUGAGGAAGCUUUGAGCGUUGGCGCGAUUGUUGGUAUUUGCCUCGCCGGUACGAUCGUCCUGAUGGGCAUCGGGUUCUUCGUGUACAGGCGUAUGAACCGCCGCUACUCCGGACCCAGCUAUACCGUGUCGUCGAGCAUGACGAACGUUUCGAACGGUUCCCAUCAAUCGUGAGCAAACGAAGGUGACG